CGCCGGUGCUGUCUUUUGCGUUGGGAGUCUGGGUUCCUGACAAAGUUUGACUUUGAGGAUCAUGAGGAGAUAUUGGGAGGCGCGUUUGGGGAGGGGGUGACGGUUAGUUUGAGGUUGAGGUUUGAGGGGACGGUGAUGAGGAGUAUUCCGCGGAGGCAGAUAACCGAGGGGGAGGAUGGGGAGGAGGAAGGGGAGAGGGAUUUGGUGGAGGAGCUGAUUGGGGAGGAGAAGGAUGAUGAGAGGACGCAUAGGCCGGAUGGGACGUGGGAGGUGCUGAACGAGCUGGUGGUGGAUCGGGGGCCGAAUCCUACAAUGUCCAACAUUGAAAUAUUUGGCGACGACGAGCACUUCACCUCUGUCUCUGCGGACGGGGUGUGUGUUUCCACACCUACGGGUUCGACAGCGUACAACCUCGCGGCAGGGGGGUCGCUUUGCCACCCUGAGAAUCCCGUCAUGUUGGUCACGCCCAUUUGUGCUCAUACACUGUCUUUUAGGCCGAUUAUCCUGCCUGAUACGAUUGUGCUCAGGAUAGGGGUGCCGUUUGAUGCCCGGACGAGCUCCUGGGCGAGCUUUGAUGGGCGGGAGAGGGUGGAGCUGAGGCCGGGGGAUUACGUGACGAUUAGUGCGAGCAGGUUCCCCUUUGCGUGCGUGCAGCCUCAUAGACCGCAUGGGAGGCGGUCGGGGGAUUGGAUCAACAGCAUCAGUGCCAAGUUGGGGUGGAAUACGAGGCAGGCGAGGCAGAAGCCGAUGAAGGGGUGGGAGGGUUCUUAG